UUACCUCUCAGCUGUGGCCAGUUCAGUGUAUCAGCUUGAGCCGUGCGGACGCAAAUUUUCCCAGUGAUCCUCACUGCACCGGUACACGCCUGCAGAUACUUCUGAUCGGUGCGUUAAGUCAUCGAUCGGCCACUGUAAACGUGUAGUAUUUGUACGAUAGAGCGUAACAGGACGUACGACAAUCGUCAGGAUGGAUCUCCGAGCAAAUGAAGAGACCGGUCAUAACAACGAGCUUACGAUGACGGAGGAACGUAAGAUAACGUCCACGCCAGUGAUGGAAUUCUACCGCGACAAGUGUGUCCUGAUUACUGGAGGUACCGGCUUUAUCGGUCGGCUAUUGAUCGAGAAGCUACUUAGAAUUAAUGUGCGACAGAUUAUCCUGCUAUCGAGGCCUAAGAAAGGUAAAACGGCGCAGCAACGUUGUGACGAUCUGUUUAGCAGCAUCGUAUUUAUGAACCUCAAGAAAGACUGCCCAACGUUUAUCGAUCGCGUCAAGUUGGUCGAUGCCGAUCUGCAGCAUCCUUCACUCGGUCUAUCGGACGAAUCGAUCGAGUAUAUCGUCAACAAUGCACAGAUUGUGCUGCAUGCCGCAUCGGACGUUCGUUUCGACCAGGCCCUCAAGAAGGCGAUCGAGGUGAACGUGCGUGGUACGCGCGAUCUGCUUCGCAUCGCAGAGAAGAUCGUCAAUCUGGAGCUGUUUGUGUACAUCUCCACGGCGUACUCCAACUGUCCGCAGGAUAUGAUCAAGGAACAGUUCUACACGCCACCGUCCGAGCCUGAGAAGAUGAUCCAGCUGGUGGAAGCGAUGGACGAACGGUUCGAGGAGCACAUGAACAAAACGGUGAACGAUUUCAUUCAUCCUUGGCCGAACACGUACGUCUAUACGAAGGCACUCACGGAGGAUGUCGUACGGCAGUAUGGUGAGCUAUUGCCGAUAGCCGUCGUUCGUCCAUCAAUUGUGAUUGCAACCAACGAGGAACCGAUCGGUGGAUGGACCGAUAAUAUCUACGGCCUUAACGGUGUGAUCGCUGGAGUCGCGCUUGGUAUUAUUCGCAUUAUGCAUGUAGAUGACAACAACAAGGCAGACAUCAUACCGGCGGACAUUGUGGUGAACGCGGUGCUCGCUGCCGGAUGGCAAACCUACGUAGAACGUUUUAUCUAUCACCACCUUAGGAAAAGCGAUCGGCCAUUGCCGGAAGCCAAAACGAACGGUGAGCUCAAGGGUGUGGCUAAGCCGCGGACAAAAAUUUACAACUGUGUCACCGGAAAUGACAAUCCCAUCUCGUACCAAACAAUCUACAAGUACUCGAUCGAGGUUGGUAAACAUUGUCCGCCGAAGAAAUCGCUGUGGAUCGUGUGUCAUAAUACGACGACUAGCAAGUAUAUGUAUGAAUUCUACAAACUGUUAUAUCAUCUGCUACCGGCGUUGCUGAUUGAUACUUACCUGCGAGUGAUCAGACGUACACCAAGAGUUAUGGACCUUUAUAAAAAGGUGCACAAAUUCGCCACAGUUAUCGCUUACUUUGCUAACGGUCGAUGGACAUUUGAGAAUGAAAAUAUGAGAUCUUUGAGAAAUAAGUUAUCACCCGAUGAUCAGAUCAUGUUUCCGUGCAACAUUCAGAAGAUCGAAUGGGCCGACUACUUCUGGACGUACAUUCACGGGCUUCGCAAGCACAUCGCCAACGAACCAUUGGAGAACCUGGACGAAGCGAUCAAACGUCACAAGCAGAUGCAAAUAGUGCACUACUUCAUCCUGGCUGCAUACUACUCAGUGAUGGCUUUACUCAUUUACUACCUCUUCAAAGCAGUUGGCAUGUUAGUGUUCUAAUGUAUCGGCUGCUGGUGGGUAACUUCCCGAUACUCCCACACCAUCCUACACGACAGAGAGUUCGAUGGUUGUCUUAGGGUUUGAUUCGUACAUGCAUACUAAAGUGGUCGACAUUUCGAAUGGCUUUGCUGGGAGGGUAGGGUAUUUAAGUGUUAGAUGAGCCAUUUUAAAGAGCCGUAUGUCUGCCUGUGUGUAACGUUCAAUGUCUGUGCUGUACAAAUCGAAGCGAACAAUACGGUGUAUUUGUUAACGUUUUUUCCUCCUUUGGCCAUUCACUCAUGGAGCAGACUAGGAGUCACUCAUCAAUGACAUAAAAUGGCAUCUAUCAGCGUAGCAAUACUGUUGAAUGUAAUGUGUUUUAUACUUAUUUUCGUGUAAAUAGAAGAGGAGAGUUAGGAAAAUAAAGAGAUACAUCUUACGGUAUUCGGAAAA